UCCCUUCUCUGGGCAUUCUGUUGUAUCCUGGAGAGCUCUUGGCAUCCCCUGUGAUGUCACCAGUGUUGUAGCGACAUCAAACUGCCUCAGGGCAUUUCUUCAGCCUACAGGGUAGAGCAUAGACAUGCUGCUGGUAAGACUGAGGAGUCUCCUUGAGAGAGAGAAUGGAGAACAUCCAGAGAACAGAGAGAGAGGCUGCUAUGGAGCCCUCAUCCCACCCAACCCUCCUCACCAAGAAAGGGAUGAGGAAGGAGAUGCAGAGGCUGAACAUGGAGCUGCAGCUGAUGAUAAGGGAGAGAAAUGAGCUGCGUGAUCAACUAUUCUUCAUCAGGAAAGGACCCGUGCACAAUAGGCCAAAUACUUGGUAUGAAGAUCUGAAGUUGGAGCACGAGGAGGUCAUGACUGACCCACAGAGAUUGCAGAAUGAGAACACCGAGGCUUCAGAGAAGGUGGAUGAGCUUGCCAAUCUGACAGUCUUCUAUCGUGGUCUGCACAGCCAGGUCCUAAUGGAACAUACUCAGCUAAAGGAGCAGGUAGCCAUGCUGAGGCAGGAGAAGAAGAAUCGGACAGAGGAUUGGGUCCUGCUGAAGCACCACUUGGAGGCAUUGAAAUCGAUGUGUGAGGACCAAGAGGAAGAGACCAGCAACAACAGUUCUACUGAACAGGAAUUUGAAAGAUUGGAGGGAAGCCUGCAGGUCCUGCUGAAGCGGAAAGAGAUGAUCACCCAGGAAAAGGACUUGGCAGAAAAGCUGCAGCAUCACUUUGAGGUCUCCCAAAUAAGGUCAGAGAAACUGACACAUGAGCUGGAACAGGCCACAGCCCAGGAUGAUAGCCUGCUUCAGAAGGAGCUGUUAAACCAGGAGCCACCUGCUGAGCCCAAUCUCUGGGAAAUUCUGGAUUAUGAUGCACUUUCUCCUUAUUAUUUUAUUUCCUGUGUGUGAAUAGGCCUUGAUUGUGCCCAGCCAUUUACCCUGGAUGGCUGCUUCUAGGCCUUGACUCCCUUUCCUUAUUGACAGUACUGUUUGAGAAACUAAGAAAUCCAAAGGAAGGCACACACCUUGAAGCAUGGCAUUGUUCACCCUAGGAUCAAGGCCUCCUCAAAAGAAGAACCCAUCAUAGCUCUGAACUUACCAUGAAGCAAAAACCACCUGACCUGCAGGUCAUCCAGACCCAGUCUGAUCCAUGUGUCUGUUGGCUCAGUACUCCUGAAGAAAGGAAAGCAUCAAAAUAAGACUGAGACACAGAAAACCUGACAAAAUAAUUACUCAGAACCCUGACAUCCACCAGCAAGUGGCCCCAGUGAGGAAUACAACACCAUGGAGGGAGGAGAUGUUGGAAUACAAAACUCACUAUGUCAGUUUAUGGUCAAGGACUUUGACAAGCUGACUGAUUUCUCAGCUCUCCAUUUGUGGCAGGAAAUCAUCUUGGAAGACUUUAUUGAUGUCAUGCUGUUAUCCAGACAGACCACACCCAAAAGCAUAGUAUUCUCCCUCCAGUGCAGUGCUGAAUCAGACCAACUCCAUGACAUGCUGAAGCACUGCUGGAGAUAGUCCCCACAGAUGUGACCACAGUCCCUCUUUCCAUGUAGUAGUUAUUUGAUCUCCCAUUAGGAGGACCAAUGGGGAUUCUCAGUUUCACAUCUGGACUGAAGGGAUCAGACCUGAAAAGGUUCUGUAGAAGGUGUCAGAGUCACCUUUGACCUUUGUGGACACUCAAUGACCCUUAUGGAGUUGUGGGUCUUGAAUAAUCACACAGGCAAAUGUUGAUUGAAACAAUCUCAUAGUAGCCAACACAUUGCAGGUACAUCCUUCUGUAGAACUUGUUCACAGAUCAGCUAGCCAAGUCUGUGUAUAUUAUACCAGCAGAGGGCGGUAAUUCAUCAGAAAACAUCCCUUAGUGUCUCAGAGAGUACUCUGAAUAAGCCCUUAUCAUUGAUAGGGCCUAGCAGUCAUUUGGUUGAGAAAGCUCAGAUAAUGUUCUGAUGCUCAAGAGCUGUGUCAGGUGUUCAUGGAUCAUGUGAACAUCAUCUGAAUGGCAUGUGUAUAGAACGUGCCAUUCCAAAGACGGAAUGGCACCCUAUAUCCAGUUCAGGGAGGUGGACUUCCAGCCCCUGCUUUAGGAUGAGAUCCUUUGAGUAUAAAGGAAAGAUGUAUGGGAAUCACAAGUGCAAUCAUGUGACAGUAGAAAAACUAGACAGUACAGCAUCAUGACCUGCAGGGAGCAUGGCCUGAGUGUGCUGCCAGUGUUGUGCCUGCAGCUGAUGAGAUUCAGGCAUGACCCCAGAUGACCUAUAUUUAUCAUAACUGCAUCUAUCAUAAGCCUGAAUUUUUGGAACAAUUCUCACUUUCUGAAUAUUGGAUGAAGAUAGAUCUCAGGACCUACAAUUUAUUCACCAUGUAGCCCUGAUUCCCAACAGAGAGAAUCAUAAUGGAUUACUGGGCUUAUCUUAAGCCUAAAGGUGACUGGAAAUGAUAUAAUUUGGGGAUGAGGAGGUGUGCAUGCAAGCAUGUUUCAUAAAGAGAGGACCUGAUGCUA